UUUAGUUGUGUACUGGCGAUAUCUCAUUUACUUUGUUAAUUUGUUUUUAGUGAAUUUGUAUCGUCGCAUGAUUAUUUUAAAGAGAAAAUGUCUGAUUUCGAACAAUACGUUGAGUACGUACAAUAUACUAAACGAUUUAGGAACGUAGGUGUAGGACCAAGACGCUAUUUACGUGAUUAUUCUGAUCCCUUUACAAAAUACUCUGUCGAGGAAUUCCAUACUCGAUAUAGGUUUACUCCUGAUGUUGUUAAAAGUGUUAUACUGCCUAUGCUGGAAUCUAUAAGAAAACCUUCAAAAAGAGGUUUACCUUUUCCUCCAGAAAUAAUGUUGCUGAUAACAUUACGAUAUUACGCUACAGGUAGCUUUCAGAAAAUGCAAAAAGAUGUCAUGAAUAUUUGCCAGCAGUCAGUAUCAAGAAUUAUCGCUCAAGUGUCCAAUUUAAUAGCAAGAAAAAUGAAAAAGUAUGUUAAAUUUCCAACUAAAACCGAAGAUCUCAAUUUGGUGAAGCAAAAGUUUUACGAAAUCAGUCAUUUCCCUGAAGUGAUUGGCUGUAUUGACUGUACACAUAUAAAAAUAAGAAGUCCUGGUGGGAACACUUCCGAAGUGUAUAGGAAUAGGAAAGGUUUUUUCUCUAUUAACAUCCAGAUAGUUGUUGGACCUAAUUUGGAGUUUUUCAAUCUAGUAGCCCGCUGGCCGGGUAGUACACAAGACAGUUUUAUAUACAAUAAUAGUUCAAUUAAACAGAGACUUGAUGCCAAUGAGUUAGAAGGGGUAAUUUUAGGUGACAGUGAGUUCAACACGAGUAGUACCCUGCUCACACCUUUUGUGUCCCCAAAUUCAAUACCCCAGGAACAAUAUAAUAAAAGUCAUAUGGAAACAUGUAAAACUGUUGAACAUUGUUUAGGUAUUUGGAAGGGUAGAUUUCCGUGUUUACAAGUGGGUAUGUGUAUCAAGGUGGAAACAGUUGUGGCUGUGAUCUGUGCAUGUGCAGCGUUGCACAAUAUAGCUGUAUCAGUGGGUGAUAUUACACCAACGAAUUGGGAAAUGGCUGAGAUUGACGAUGAUGUUGUGACAUGUAACGAAGACCCAGAUAGUGAAGGUUUUGUGGCGAGACAAUUAUUUGUAGAUAGAUAUUUCCAGAAUUAUUAAAAUAUAAAACUUAAGUAAUACUGCCUAACCAUGUUCAUUAAGUCUUAAGUAAUAAGUGUGUUGAAUGUUAUUUCCAGUACAUACGCUACAUUAAUUUUAUGAUAGAAUAUAUAUGUGCUUUGUUGAUAUCAUA